UGGAAUAAUUCCGCUUCCGUUUGGGAAGCCGCAGCCUCAGUCCCGACGCGCCCGCCCAGCACCAACUCCGCGUCCCAGACCGGUCGGCGGCUGUCCGCUCCACCACCAUGGCCACCUCCCCGCAAAAGUCUCCCUCUGUCCCCAAAUCCCCUACUCCCAAGUCGCCCCCGUCCCGGAAGAAAGAUGACUCCUUCUUGGGGAAACUCGGCGGGACUCUGGCCCGGAGAAAGAAAGCCAAAGAGGUGUCAGAGCUUCAGGAGGAGGGCAUGAACGCCAUCAACCUGCCCCUCAGUCCAAUCCCCUUUGAGCUGGACCCCGAGGACACGAUGCUGGAGGAGAAUGAAGUGCGAACGAUGGUGGAUCCAAACUCACGCAGCGACCCCAAACUUCAAGAACUAAUGAAGGUAUUAAUUGACUGGAUUAAUGAUGUGCUGGUUGGAGAAAGAAUCAUUGUGAAAGACCUGGCUGAAGAUUUGUAUGAUGGACAAGUCCUGCAGAAGCUGUUCGAGAAACUCGAAAGCGAGAAGCUGAACGUUGCUGAGGUCACCCAGUCAGAGAUUGCUCAGAAGCAAAAGCUGCAGACCGUCCUGGAGAAGAUCAAUGAAACCCUGAAACUUCCUCCCAGAAGCAUCAAGUGGAAUGUGGACUCUGUUCAUGCCAAGAGCCUGGUAGCCAUCCUGCAUCUGCUUGUUGCUCUGUCCCAGUAUUUCAGGGCGCCAAUCCGACUCCCAGACCAUGUUUCUAUCCAAGUAGUUGUGGUUCAGAAACGAGAAGGAAUCCUCCAGUCUCGGCAAAUCCAAGAGGAAAUAACUGGUAACACAGAGGCUCUUUCUGGAAGGCACGAACGCGAUGCCUUCGACACCUUGUUCGACCAUGCACCAGAUAAGCUCAACGUGGUGAAAAAGACUCUGAUCACUUUUGUGAACAAACACCUGAAUAAACUGAAUUUGGAGGUCACAGAACUGGAAACCCAGUUUGCAGAUGGGGUGUACCUGGUGCUGCUCAUGGGACUCCUGGAGGGCUAUUUUGUGCCCCUGCACAGCUUCUUCCUGACCCCAGACAGCUUUGAACAGAAGGUCUUAAAUGUCUCCUUUGCCUUCGAGCUCAUGCAAGAUGGAGGGUUGGAAAAGCCAAAACCACGGCCAGAAGACAUCGUCAACUGUGACCUGAAAUCCACACUGCGGGUGUUGUACAACCUUUUCACCAAGUACCGGAACGUGGAGUGAGGGGCAGACGGGACUGUCCUCCAAACCACCUUGACCCGUUCAUCCCUGUUUUCUGCUCUGUGCUGUCCCACAAGUCCCAGAGGUGGUGGGAACCGAAUUAGAAAGGAAGUGAUCGGUAACUCAGUGGGCUGACCCACACCUCCCAGGCCCUUUGGUCUCACCCAGCAAAGGCCUAGAAAGAUUGUCCCAGUCCUGGUGCUGGGUCCAGAUCUCCCUCAGUGUGAUUUGAGAACCGGCCUAGGCCCAAGAGAUCCCCACAGAAGAUGAAAAUAAAGAUAACAGUUACCGUUU